AUGUUCGAUUUUAAUCUUGAAGAUCUCGCAAGCAUUGCCCGCGGCAACAGCGAGUUGCCCAGCAGAGACAAAGAGCAGCAGGCCCACAGCAAGCUGUUCGGGGAGGAGGAGCAGGCCUUCGGCCAGGUCGAGACGGUAGAGGCAGGGGCGGCAGAGGACGAGGAGUCGGGCUCGGUAGAGGCAGAGGCAGAGGCGGCAGAGGACGAGGAGACGGGCUCGGUAGAGGCAGAGGCAGAGGCGGCAGAGGACGAGGAGACGACAGAUCACCUGAUGCCGAUGGAAUCAUCAGAAAAAAGGGCCAAGGUGUCUGGGAAAGGCGCAUGGAAAGUGUGGACACCGGAAGCGUUACUCCGAGCAGCAUUUUCUCAAGCAUCAUCGGCGUUGCGCCAGGUCGCCAGCGAGAUAGAUGGAGCCAGUGCGGCUCAUGUGUUGAGCGCUCGUACUUUUGUGUCUAGUGUGCUUUUGAAGAAGCAAGAAGAAGGCCUUGCACAAGAGCUAGGCAAAGCAAGACAUUGUGCAGUAUCAGAGUCGCACAACCCACCUAAGCUUUGGAUCUUGAACCUGAUGUUCGACGAAACCGAGCUGGAUCUGAGUUUGAAUGGUGAUGGGCCGGGCUCCUGGUCAAUUCUAGCUUCUCAUUCUCAAUUGAGCUUCGGUUCAGCAGGAAGUAUGACAGAACAGGAUUUCAUUCGAGUGCCUCAGGCCCUGCCCCGCAAAACAACUGCAUGCAUGUGGGCAGCAUUGAACCUCGGAGCAGGGGGCCUUGGGCCAGGUAGCUUUUGCACCUUGGCUGACUUUCCAUGUCUGCUGGUGACGUGCGACCAGGCCUCAGCAAAUAUCAAGUUGCUCAAACAUUUGCAUGCAGUUCUGCCUGAGCAGUGUUUUUUUAUCCCUAUGCUUUGUGCUCAACAUAGGAACGGGAACGUGGUUGAGCGAAUUACAAAGCUUUUGGGCAUUCUGCCAGGUUCCUACUGUGUAGCAAAGUGCACCAGUAAAGGCAAAGUGUUCAAGGAUCUGAGGGAAGCUGUCAAGCAACAGAUUGACAAGGAUUUGGUCGUCAUGUCAGAAGAGCCUCCAGGUUUGCAGGCCGAAUGGUCCAGCGCACGCAAGCAAGCAACCACCUUCUUAGAACUUAUGCUGCAAGGAUUGGGCGAUGCCAAACCUGAAGAACGUUCCGGAGUUUCGCAGCGGAUCAAGAAGUUCGUGGACUUCUUCCGCGGCCCCUGGACAGGACCGAGUAUGACUUCACAAGAGCUCAGGCAGCAUGUGGUCGUCAUCACGGACCACCUCGCAUGUGACACCUACGGUGGAGUCGAGGCGAUCAAGUGGGCACGGAACAGCUACAACGACAGGCAUCCUGCCCAUGUCAUCUUGGACCUGACGAAUGAGUUCGGUUCCAAGUUGUGGCUCGGCGGAUCGAAGGCAGGCACCGACACUAACCUGAUGAUCAGGAAUGGAAUCGGAGCGGUGUGGCCUGCGGCCAAGUCGGUCCAGCCGGAUGACACAGCGGCGAUCCGUGUAUUGAGGUACACAGAUGGGACUGGCGUCGUGCACGGCAACGUGAACAUGGAGAGCGUGCUGCAGCAGAUCGACAAUGUGAUCUCCUUGCUGCACCGCGGCGUGUCGGUCCUCAUCUGCUGUGUCAACGGAGCCCAUCGCUCCGCGACACUUGGUGCCAUGACGCUCAUGAACUAUGUCUCCACAUUGCGCAACAUCGUCGACCUGAACAGCAGAGCGCCGCCAUCGCAGUACAGAGUGAACACUAUUCGCCCCAUCGACUUUUUGAUCGAGCACCAAGCAGAGAUCGCUGGUAAAUCGGGGGCCUCAGGCCUGGUCCAGGUCGGCAGCAACCAGGAGAUAUUUCCUUCCACGAGAUAUGCGAACGCCCUCAUCACCCCUGUUCAGUUUCGUCGGCGCUGCAUAGAAAUGGGGUUCGUCCUUUCAGGCAAGGGCAAGCGGACUCGCCAGUCGUUGCCAGGGCCACAGUCAUUGAUAUCGUCGAUGCCGCCGCCGCCCCCGCCCGGUCGCUCAAGCUCGACCCACCUUCGGUCCAAAGCUCGACCAGUCAAGCCGAGAUCGAAGGGCGUUUCGCCAGGUCAGGUGCGGCAGAGUGGCACAGACACGGACUCCUCGUACAUCAACGUUCCGACGGAUGGUUUCAUUACCGACGACUCAGAGAUGCCGCACCCCAAGCGCAUCAGCGAGGAUUCGUCGGCCUCUGGCCAGGUCAGUGCCGCCAGUGCAGAUGAUGAGGCAGUGGACCCACCAGUUAUGGUUGAAAUUGAGGUUGCAGACGACGAAGAGAACGAGGAGUCCACCAUGGAGAAGGCCUGCGAAAAGGGUGCAGCCGAAGCAGAGGAGCCGGAGUCAGACUUUGAGAUGGUGACCUGCGAUGACGAAGGCAAAGUAGCCGAUGUCAAUCCAGAGUCGCCUCCGCAGACGCCCCGUGCAAACUGGACUUCGGAAGACUUUGCACGCCUGGAGACAGUGAUGCGCGAUCUGGGGCACCUGAACCGCCAGCUGCUCUCUUUCAACAAUGCUGAGGUCGAGGAGGAUCAGGCCCAGGCUGAUGAUCAGGCCUCGGCCUCCGGCCCGGUAAGUGACCAGAUCGCAGAGCCAGGGCAGCAAGCGGCGGAAGCGGAUGAGCCAGGCGGCACCAGCGCAGACCCCGUGGAAUCGGACGAGGGGGCCCGGGACGAGGCCUUGGGCCAGGUUGAUGAUGAGCCUGCGACUCCUGCGACGGCCGAGUCCGGAGAGCCGCUGGAGCCCUCCAGUUUGGACCUCGAGAAGACGAUGGAAGCGCUCAAGGCGCAGGCGGCGGAAGGCGAUAAGGACGAGAUGCUUGGGAGGCUUUUUGGGCUACUUGAGACCCAGAAAGUCCAACAGCAGGCUCUAUUGUCGAGACUGCAAUCUCGCCAAGAAAUGGACGAGAGAAAGAACGUCAUCCUCACAGCGCUGUACAAUCGCGACAUGACGCGCCUCAGGGCGGAGCUCCAAGCGCUGACGGUCUCUGACCUCGUCUCAAUCAGAGACGAAGAGGGGAUGACAGUCGCCCAUCAUGCCGUGCGUUUGGGCCUUGGGCCUUGUCUGGAGUAUACUCUCCGGAAAGCCCCGACUCUUGCGGAUGCCGUGACGAACCCCUCAGGUCGCCCAGCGAACUGGACGCCGUUGAUGGUGUUGGUUGAUGCACCACCAGGAUCUUUGGGAGGCACGGACUACGCCUACGACAUGUUGAAGGUCCUGGUUUCCUACAUGAGCGUCACAGGUCUCGUGAAUCUCGGUCCUUUCAAGUCUCCAACAGGGGCGACAGCGUUUCACAUUGCAGCCUCUCGUGGGAACCACCGUGGGCUGCAGAAGCUUUUGUGGUCCCUCUACCACAAGAGUGGUGGUGACAGGAACUCAACCUACGCAUUUGGCCUGGUGACCUCACUCGUCAACAGCCCCGGCUUGAAGCGCGGGCAGGGGGUCGUCGACGCCGCACUCGCGAACAAUAUCGACUUGGCGAUGUAUGUGAAGCGGAAUUGGGGCGGGGUCGAGCUUUUGUCUCCCCCAAGCCGCGGCGGCUAUGCUGCGUAG